AUGCGUGGGGAUCUUUGUUCUCAUGCCGAGGGAACGCUGAUUCCCGAGCUGCAGCGCCAGGGUCUCCGCAUACCUCUGCAGCCUGUUCCCGUUAUCGACGACAACGGAUACAUAUGCGUCGACCCUCCUGUGGACAUCCGAAGAGAGCUGCUAGACCACAAGGAGAAGUUCGCUGUGAUUGAGCACGACAUACAGGUUCUGACGGCCAAGAUCGAGUAUCUGGCCAUCCGCAAAGGCGUGACGUCGGACGAGCUGGACGCAGGGGCGCGCCAACACCUGGGUGCCGUGGUCGACACGCUGGUGCCGACGGCGACUCCACGCAAGCACGCCAAAGCAGAAACCACCGCGGACGGAAGUGGCCAGAUGGAGGUCGCGCGGACUCCUCCGACGCGUGCACUGGCGGCAGUGCCAUCAAUCUCUCCCUGUCCUGCACCUCACACACCUGCCGUGAAAGAUAGCCAAGCUACUGCCGGUGACGCGACACCUGCUGUGGUCAGGCAACAACAGCGCGGCCAUCUUGCACUGGCUUUGCGCAGCCGCGCUACGACUCCCGUGCCCGCAGCUCCAGGUAACCCCGGAAGGGUCGCAAGCAGCGGCCGAACGGGAGUUAUGUGGAACGCAGCGAAGCAGAGGUACUACGUCCGGAUCAUAUCUGCUCGCCGUCAGCAGGUUCGUCUGGGGUCGUACGAGGACAAGGACGAGGCGUCAUACGCGUAUGCUGCGGGAGCCGUUGUACUUCGCCCGAACUCACGCAUCAGCUGCACGGUGGAGCUGCGCUGGAACAGAUGGAGGGAGUGGAGAGCCGCAAUGGCUGGCCUGGACGAUGCGCAGCCGGUCGAGACCCGUUCGCGGCGAAAGGGCAGAGUGUCCCGGGCCAUUAGUGACGUUGAGGAGGUGGAGGCGACCACGCAGACUACAGAGGACCAGCCUAUGGCUGAAGAGCCUGAGGACCCACCAGAGGACUACACGGAUGACGAUGAGUCCGUUGACGAUGAUGCUGUGUAUGAACCGGGAAACGAUGAUUUCGACGAAGAAGAUGACUGGGAGGAGGUCAACCGUGCAGAGGAGAUUCGAGAAGUGCCGCUGCAGAUAUGCAGCGCCAAGGCUGUCGGGGCCGUCGACGUGGAGGCAGCCUGCACGCCCAUUGUCGCCAGCGCACCACAAGGGGAGGAGGACACCGAGGCCGUGAAGGAACGCCUGAUAGACGAGUUAAUGGAAGGCGAAGAUGAGGACGACGAGGAGGGAAACGCUGGUGGUCAGUCGUCAAGCAACGAUCCGUGUGGCGAGAACGGAUCAGAGGAGGAGCAGGCCACAAAAGCGCCACAUUCGAGGAAGCGGAUAGAAGCAGCCGAUGGCCAAGUCACACGCGAGGAAUUUGAUGCGUUGCGUGAUUCCCAGAAUGAUACCGCGAAGACACUGGCUCGUCUGGAGUCACACGUACUAACCAUCAUCCGCCUUGGCGAAGGGCGUAAGCGGAAGCGGGCGUCCACAAGUGCCGCAGCCUCGCUCGGCCGAGAAGCUUCGAAGCGGAAACGCCAGUCAGAUGAUGACGAAGAAUCCACGUGCGAUGAGGACGAGUUGCCGGCGAAAGUGGCACGGCACGCGCGUCACGACAAGUCGCCAGUGCUCCAAACCGCCCUUGACAUCCUUCCAGCGGAGAAGGCUUGGAAGGAUCAUCUGUUUCUAGAAGCCCCGAACGAGAAGAUGGACUUCUAUCCGAGUCGCGACGCCAAAAACGCCGGCCUAUGCCAUGUCGUGUCCACCAUUUCUCCCAAAACUGCGACUCUGGCGUUAGACGCGGAUAAGGCUCGAGGGCAGGAUCUGAACAAGACCUUGUCCGAGCCGCGCCUUGGGGAGCAACAGCAGCAGCAUCAGCGGCGCGAGCUGGAGGGGGAAGGCACGCCGCUGACGGACAUUGCGAGCUGCGGCGGCCCGAUUGUGGCAAGCCCGAACGUGUACUUAAUCUACUAUGGGAACUGGCCCGAGGGGUCCGGGCAGGAGGUGAUAGAGAACUUCGUGAGCUCGCUUGGCGGGGAUGCGGGGGGACAGGGGGACCCGACGGGGGAGAAGAGCGUGCGGCGUUGGUGGGACAUCUCGACCAACUACUACCAGACAAACGAAGGCGGCUCCCAGACGUUCGUCACUCCCCAGGUUCGUGUGUGCUCGGUUGAUCAUCUGCUCCCCUUACCCCUCUGCUUUCGUCACUCCCUAGGUGCGCUUGUGCUCAUCUGCUUCUCCUGCUCAUCCGCUUCUCCUGCUCAUCCGCUUCUCCUGCUCAUCCGCUUCUCCUGCUCAUCCGCUUCCCCUGCUCAUCCGCUUCCCCUGCUCAUCCGCUUCUCCUGCUUUUUUCCAACUCCGAAUCAGAUUGUGUUGGCCGGCACGGCGACUGACCAGGGAUCUGGCGCCACGGUGACGGGGAGGGGUCCAUCGACAUAG